CAAGGCACUUGUUCCAGAACCUGACUUGGCUUGUUUUCUUUUGGUGUUUCAUCUUGAAGAUUAGAUUCCAGUUAUUUAUUUUCCAAAGGAACCCGAAUCAUAAUCGUUUCAAUUGCAUAACUGGAAUGGAACAAUUCCGGCAUGUCGGAGAGAUCCUCGGGAGCCUGAGGGCUCUAAUGGUUUUACAAGACGACAUUCGGAUCAACCGGAGCCAGUGUUGUUUGCUACUUGACAUAUUCAUAUUGGCGUUCGACACAAUCGCGGAUGAGAUAAGGCAGAACCUGAAAUUCGAAGAGAAGAAUUUGAAAUGGAAAGCUCUUGAGCAGCCAUUGAAGGAGCUCCAGAGGGUCUUCAAAGAAGGAGAGCUUUACGUUAGGCACUGCAUGGAUUCCAAGGACUGGUUGGGCAAAGCAAUUAGCCUGCAUCAGAACAAAGAUUGCAUCGAAUUUCAUGUCCACAAUCUGCUCUGCCAUUUUCCUGCCAUUAUUGAGGCCAUUGAGAAUGCAGGGGAGAUUGCAGGGCUUGAUCAAGAAGAGAUGAAAAAGAGAAGGGUUGUGCUUAUGAAAAAGUACGACAAAGAAUGGAACGAUACGAAGCUUUUCCAAUGGCGAUUCGGAAAGCAGUAUUUAGUCCCUAGAGAUAUCUGCAAGAGAUUGGACAGUGCUUGGAAGGAAGAUAGAUGGAGACUUAUUGAAGCACUUCAGGAGAAGAGAAAUUCAAUUUCUUCCUCCUUGACAAAGAAUGAACUAAGGCUUGUGGAUUUGUUGCUUAAUAAACUCAAUGGACCGGAGUCUAAUCGGGGAAAACUCUUCCCAAGUUCAAUUCUAUUGGGAUCAAAGGACUACCAAGUUCGACGGCGAUUAGGGGGCGGAAGCCAGUACAAGGAAAUCCAUUGGUUGGGGGAAACUUUUGCCUUAAGGCACUUUUUUGGUGAGAUUCAACCCUUGACAAGUGAGAUUUCUAACCUCCUUUUUCUUUCCCAUUCCAAUAUCGUGCAAUACCUUUGUGGAUUCUGUGAUGAGGAGAAAAAGGAGUUUUUUCUUGUUAUGGAGUUGAUGAGCAAGGAUCUUUCAUCCUACAUGAAGGAGAAUUGCGGUCCAAGGAGGCGGGUUUUGUUCUCACUUCCUGUUGUGGUUGAUCUCAUGCUCCAGAUUGCAAGAGGCAUGGAAUACCUCCAUUCACAAAAUAUCUAUCAUGGAGAGUUGAACCCUUCUAAUAUCUUCCUCAAGGUGAGGAACUCCAGUGAGAGCUAUUUGCAGGCUAAGAUCUCGGGGUUCGGAUUAUCAUCCGUGAACAAGAAAUCCAAUCCUCGAAACUCACCAAACCAAAACGCGACGGUCGAUCCCUUCAUUUGGCAUGCCCCGGAAAUUCUAGCCGAGCAAGAACAACAACAGCCGGGGAGUAACUCUAGCUCCAAGUACACAGAGAAAGCAGAUGUCUACAGUUUUGGGAUGAUUUGUUUUGAGCUCUUGACUGGGAAAGUGCCUUUUGAAGAUGGACAUCUUCAAGGAGACAAGAUGAGCCGAAACAUUAGAGCAGGAGAGAGGCCUCUUUUCCCACACCCUUCACCAAAAUACCUUGUCAACUUAACCAAAAGAUGUUGGCAAACCGACCCGUCUCAGCGUCCUAGUUUCUCAUCCAUUUGUAGAAUCCUACGCUACAUCAAGAAAUUCCUUGCCUUGAAUCCCGAACCAGCCCUGCCGUUAAUGCAAUCACCUUCGGUAGAUUACUACGACAUAGAGGCGGGGUUUCUCAAGAAGACAUUGGCAGAAGGGUGGUGUUCUGAUGUUUCCUCAGUGUCACAAAUUCCGUUUCAGAUGUUUUCUUAUAGACUUUCUGAGAAGGAGAAGACUUGCACAACAAGUAAAGAUAUUCAUCACCAUGAGUUGAUAAGCGAUACGAGCUCGAUUUGUAGGGAUACAGCCUCAGCCUGCAACGAUGAGUAUGCGACUGUGAUGGAAGAUCAUACAGUGCCAGCAAUCGAUACUAGGUCGGUUUGCUCCGAGACACCGAUGAAGAGUGCUCCCAAGAAAUGUACAGAAGUGAAGGGUAGAAAAGGCUCAGGGACACCAAAAACUCAAAGGCCGAGAAAAUCGCCGUUGAAUCCAGGCGGUCGGAGUUUGAAGAUGAACGGAGAUGGUCAGGUGAAGUUUGUUACGAGUCCUUUGAGACAAGGAAGAAGUAAAACUGGUCAUGUCUCGGAUUCAGAGAUACACUAGCUUUUCUUCAACUGCACUUGGACAUCAAAUGUUCUAGUUGUUAGGCUUCCAAGCCUUCCACUCUUUUUUAUUUAUUUUUUUCAGGUUACGGAAGGAUAUCAACUAUAAUUCUAUGCAUACAGAUGUUGCUUUUUUGUAAGCCUUGAACAAAAUUUGCAGUUUUGUCUAAAAAAGGUAGUCAUGGUGAAAUUUUCCCUUCUCCGUUGCAUACGUAGUUUUUUUGUAUCAUGGGA